AUGGUGGUCCUAUACGAUGCCUUUGCCUUCCCCAUUGUGCGCGACCAGCUCAUCGCCAACACGGUGCUGGUCGCCUUGGCCACUCUUGCUCUAAUUCUCCGGUUCAUCUCGCGACAUAUCCGGCAGAGUAAGAUCUGGUGGGACGAUGGCUGCUGUGUAGGCUCCAUGCUGCACACGUACGGCAUGCUGGCAAUGCACUACCACUACGCUCGCGUCGGGAUGCGCAACCACGUCACAGAGAUCCCCAGUGAGAAUCUGGUGGCCAUUCUCAAGAUGCUGAUCGUCUACCAAGUCGUCUACUACAACGCCAUGGUCCUCGCCAAACUGAGCUACCUCUUCUUCUACCUCCGCAUCUUCGUGACCAAGGGCUUCCGCAUCGCCGCCUGGGUCUGCAUGGGCUGUGCCUGUGCCUACUGGGCCGGCAGCAUGCUCCAGAUCUUCUUCAUCUGUCAGCCCUUUCAGAAGAACUGGAACCCCACGCUCCCCGGCCACUGCGCGAGCCAGAAUGUGGCCUUUUCGACCAUCGGCGCCUUUAAUCUCGUCACGGAUGUCAUGAUCAUGGUGCUUCCGCUGCACUUUAUCUGGAAGUUGCAGAUGAGCACUGCGACAAAGUUUGCGCUCUACGGUAUCUUUGGAAUGGGCUUUUUUAUCUCCGCCAUAACAAUCAUCCGCAUCCGUGUCCUCACGACAGUCGACUUCCUCGAUCUCCCGUACUCGAUGAUCUGGGCUGCCUUUUGGAGCGUCACCGAGCCGGCCCUGGCGAACUUGAACGCGUGCGUGCCAAUGCUCCGACCCGUCUUCAAGGCCGCUUUCCCGACACUGUUUACCAGUCGCAAAAUUUACUCGACGCAGCCGGAGUCUGGUGGUUCAGGAAUUAAGAACAAAGCUUUCAAGCGGAUGAAUGAUGCCGAGAGCGACCUUCAGCUUACGAAUCUGACGCAAUUGGAGGAGCCGGUUAGAACGAGUCGAGAGGGGCGAUCCGAACAUGGGGAUGAUCGGUCACAGGAUGGCCGUUCGCAGGAUGAGUCGGCCCAUGUCCCCAGGAGCGUGAUUGUGACCAAACCUUGGUCUUAG